AUGCAAUUCUCUACUUUUACUUUCUUUACCUUUUUAACUACAAUCACUGCUUUUCCAGUUGACACUUCGAAGAGAAGUGAGCUGUACAAUGUGAAGAGUUGUCUGGCAUUCUAUGAUAGCCAGUAUGCAGCCUUUUCGUGUCAUGCAAGUGGUACUGUCCCAUCUAAGUACAGCUGUUGCUAUGAAGCCAAGAACGGUGUAGUAUUACACACUCAGUUUUGGGAUUACGAUACGAAUGAAAAUUCUGAUGCGUCCACCAAGUUUACGAUCCAUGGCUUGUGGAAUGACAAAUGUGACGGAUCUUACGAACAGUACUGCAACGAUGACUUGGAAGUGAAGGCAGCUAACUUAGACAAUCUUAUCGGCAAUACCUUUGAUGAUCAGGACUUAUUGAACACUAUGAAAACUUAUUGGUUGAAUAAUGGUGGUACCCUGGAAUCAUUGUGGGAACAUGAGUACAAUAAACAUGGUACGUGUUUUAGCACUUUGCAGCCACUGUGCUAUGCAAGCAACUACCAAAACUACGAAACAGCUUAUGACUUCUACAGAAAGGUGGUUGAAGUUUGGGAAUCAAGGCCAACUUACGAUUGGCUCUCUAGUGCUGGAAUCACUCCUUCUAGUGAUGACACUUAUUCGUUAUCAGAUAUUCAGGAUGCAUUAUCCCAAAAGCACGGAGCUCAAGUUUACGUGGGAUGCUCAGAUUCCGAUGCAGUUAAUCAGAUUUAUUAUUACUACAAUAUCGAAGGUAAUGUCUUGACAGGUAAGUACAAGUCAAUUGAUACUUUAACGGACUCGAAUUGUCCAGACACAGUAAGAUAUCUCCCAAAGAACUAG